UUCUGAGACUCCUACUCAAGAAGCCGCCGAAGGACCCCAGUAUGUCCAUGCUUGCCGAGCCCCGGAGGAAACAGAAGUGGUCAGUUGAUCCAAGGAACACUGCCUGGAGCAAUGACGACUCCAGGUUUGGCCAGAAGAUGCUGGAGCGAAUGGGCUGGUCCAAAGGAAAGGGCCUUGGCAAAGGUGAGCAAGGAGAGGUUGACCACAUUAAAGUGAAAAUUAAAAACGACUGCCAUGGUCUUGGCGCCAGUGCAAGCCAAGAGGAUAACUGGAUCGCCCACCAGGAUGAUUUCAACGACCUCCUUGCUCAGCUGAACAACUGCCAUGGCCAAAGCAACAGCACCGAAACUUUGCCAAAAGAGCACAAAGGCUUCAGCUUGGAAGAGAAGUCCAAGACCUCAAAAAAGCGAGUCCAUUACAUGAAAUUUGCAAAAGGGAAGGACCUUUCCUCCCGAAGUGUAACAGACCUCAACUGUAUCUUUGGAAAGAGAGCAAAAUCUGCCACAAAUCCUGAGCAGGGGAGCAACAGCAGAGACUCUCAGAGCGACGACGGCGAGGCUCCUCCUUGCCAACCUGACUCAAAGACCACCACCAACACCGUGACCAGUACCUUGUCCGUGAAAGAGUACUUUGCGCAAAGAAUGACUCAGUUGAAGAUGGCUCGUAACAACCAGUCCAACAACCCGACAUGCGAGGAUUCCUCUGCAUCUAACGACAAACCCAAAAAGAAGACGAAAAAGAAGAAGUCUGCAGAGGAGAUGGGAGCAAAUUGCAAUGCACCUGUUGCAGAAGAUGCCGGUGAUGAGGACCAACAACCUUCAAAUAAGAAGAAGAAAAAGAGGAAAAAUAAGGAGCUGGAAGACGGUGCUUUGAAUGGAAAGGCCAGCUCAGCAGAAGAGCAGGACUGUGAGGAGGAGCAGGAGGAUGAGAGGCCUCCCUCCAGGAAGAAGAAGCAUAAAAAACACAAAAAGGAAGGCGUGAUGCUCAAUGGACUUGACCAGAAUGUGGAAAAUUGCGAGGUGGUGGGGGUAACGCAGACAAAAACUAAAAAGCACAAGAAAAAGAAGCAAGAUUUGUGAUGAAUUAGUUAGAAAGGCGAAGAUCUUCAAUGCCAGUGGGCUGAUCACGUUUUUACAAUUUUUUGGCAAUUUUUUUGGGGCCACUCAAAGUGCCUCAAAACAUCACCGGGGAACACGCAGCUUUUCCUAAAACAUGCCACAUUGUUGUCAUGCUCACUAUGAAUUACAUGAAUUAUUUCACCAAAACUAUAUUAUCCAAGUUGUCAACAUUUUUAUGGACAAGACAGAUGAGUUUUUUCCUACAUGACAUCACACCGUAUGAAUUGAAAUUGUAUUUAAAAACCGCUUGGCAAAACAAUGACCUGUGAGAUGUAGACAAGGCUAAUACAAAAUAAAUCCAAGUGACCACUGAUGCUUAUUUCCCUUUAAGUAAAUACAGUACACACACACACACCAGUUUAUUUAUUGAUUGUCCUUAAUUAUUGGCUUUUACCAAGCAGCUUGUAAUGUGCUGUCAGGUUUUUGGAUGAUCUGAUGAGGAAAUUGGAUUUCUUCACCUGUAUGUUGAACUAUCAACGUGUUGAUCUGCAGUCACCAACAAGGGUGUGAUGAGUCAGAGGAGGAUCAAGGAACCACAUAUAUAUUUUCCAUUCCUUAUCUUAAUCUACUAUCACAAUCUUCACACACCUUCAAGUGCUGGUAGAUAACCCAGCUAUUUUUUUCUUUCAUUGGCGGAAAUUGGCUUCCUUCCACAAUAAAACCUGGAGUUCAACUUUUCCUCUAACAAAAAUUAUAGAACUUUUUCUCCCAUUCUCCCCAAAAUGCAGGCAUUUGUUCAUUUUUGGUCGUUUUUCAUGAGAAAAUGAACUAUGGGGCUGAACUUUUUGUGCCCCAUAUGCUAUUUUCUCAUUUAAAAAUGUCUCUCGUCAACUUCUCAUGGCCAGAAUCUAAGGCUCGUCUAAUUUCUCAGGCACUUUUCUCACAACUAAACCAAACUUAUGUUCUUCUUGUUUCUCCUGAGUUGAUUGUUGAGUGACUUCCUGCUGGGAUAAUGGUACGGUCCGCCCUUUUCGGGCUGCUCAAGUAGUUUUUGUGUUUUGCUGACGGACCAACAAUGCGGGUAAAUAAAUGACAAACACACAUG